GACGUCGCAGUUAAUCAAGAGCACCCGAACUGUCAACAUGUCUUCUCAGACUUCAGUCAACCCAGACUUAGCAAAAGAAAGGAAAACAGCUUCUUUCGAUCGUGAAAACCUCACAGAAGUGAUAUAUGGAGGCAAAGAGAGUGUGAGACGAAGACGAUAUCUUCAGAAUUUGGCAAUCCAGGACCGGUAUCUGCAAUCAUUUCCACCAUGGUGGAAUAUGGAUCGCGAGACACAGUACGAUGUGGCAGUGAAGAAGUCUGUCUACUUGAACAGUCUUGUCCAGAAGCUUAAUCUUAAGAAUGGAGCAGAAAUGUUCUACCUUAAGGAGGCUGCGUCUAAUCAGGAAACCAACCCUCUCGGUCUUCAUCAGAUCAUGUUUAUUCCCACCAUUGAGAAGCAGGGCACAAAGGAACAGAUUGAGAAAUAUGUCACGCCUGCAAAACAGUUCAAGAUUUUGGGGACAUAUGCACAGACAGAAUUGGGUCAUGGGACGUUUAUCAGAGGGCUCGAAACAAUGGCCACAUAUGAUCCUGCGUCUGAAGAAUUCGUCAUUAACAGCCCAACCAUCACAUCCAUGAAAUACUGGCCAGGAUCUUUGGGGAAGACAUGUAACUAUGUGAUUCUGAUGGCUCAGCUAUACACAAAGGGUAAAAAAAUGGGAAUCCAUGCCUUCGUCGUCCAGAUCAGAAGUCUGCAAGACCACAAGCCCAUGCCAGGCGUUACUCUUGGUGACAUCGGAAACAAGUUGGGUUAUGAAGGCAUGGACAAUGGUUUCCUCAUGUUCAACAACUACCGUGUACCCAGGGAUGCCAUGCUUAUGAGAUACGCCAAGGUUGAGAGAGAUGGCACUUAUGUGGCUCCCAGGAAUGCUAAGAUAGCGUAUGGGUCCAUGGUGUACAUUCGAGCGCUCAUUGUCGGAGAUAUGGGACGUUCUUGCGCACAGGCCUCAACCAUAGCAACAAGAUAUAGCGCAGUCAGGCGACAAACAGAAAUAAGACCUGGUGGUCCGGAACCUCAGGUGAUAGACUACCAGACCCAGCAAGAGAAGCUGUUUCCUAUGAUCGCUGCUUCCUAUGGUUUGUACUUUACCGGAAUCUUCAUGGGGCUGGAGUACAACAGAGUGACAGCAGACAUUGAGAAGGGAAACUUGGAAGAGAUGCAGUCGCUGCAUGCUUUGGCAGCAGGACUGAAGGCUCUGUCAUCAGAUAUUGCCAGCGACGGCAUUGACAAGCUCAGAAGGGCAUGUGGGGGUCAUGGAUACACAAACGCCAGCGGGCUGGGGAAAAUCUGGGCGAACAUUACACCUGCGUGCACAUACGAGGGCGAAAACACGGUCAUGUACCUGCAGUGUGCAAGAUAUCUGGUGAAGGUUUACGCCUUGGUAGCCACAGGCAAACAACUGCCAGGAUUCAUGAGUUACCUGAACAGAUCAGGGAAACAACAAAGUUCCCUUACCCAGGCCCUCAACAUGGAGGACUUUGUGGACUUGUAUGAGCACACCGCUGCCAGGCUGAUCAAGGUGGUGGCUAUACGGCUACAGGCACUGUUGAAGUCCGGCACAUCCGUGGAAGAAGCACGCAACCUGUGUGGCGUUCAGAUGGUCCAGGCUGCCAAGAUGCACAGCUACGCAUAUACAGUGCGUACGUUUAAUGCCGUCAUCCAAGCUCGUGCCAGUGACCCGAAUGUGGCGAAGGCUCUUACAUCCCUGUGUCAGCUGUUUGCUGUGAACGGCAUCUUACAGAGGCUCGGGGACUUUUUACAGGAUGGCUACUUGUCAGGCCAGCAGGCAGCCAUGUUGGCUGAUAAGCAGUUGGCUUUGUUUGCCGACAUCAGGCCCAAUGCUGUUGCACUAGUAGAUGCCUUUGACUACCCUGACCAGGUGCUCGGAAGCUGCCUUGGAAGAUAUGAUGGGAAUGUAUAUGAAGCGUUGUACGAGUAUGCCAAAAACUCGCCAUUGAAUAAACAGGAUGUUUUGCCAUCGUACUACACAACACUGAAACCACUGAUGUCAGGGGAGCUCAAUUUUGAUCCUCCAACUGCAAGAAUGUAGUGAUCUCUCUUGGAUUACAGGGGAGCUAACUUUUGACCUAACAGUUGUUCGAUGAUGUCCAUUGAGUGUUGUGUGGGCAUGGCACAUUAGAUGAUACUUGUUUGAAAAAAAAUCAUGAACUUAAUUAUAGACGACUUUAUGCUGGAACUAUAUACAUAAUGAUUAGUUGCUCUAUUUAAAAUUCAACACCUAAACCAAUCAAAUCUUGACAUUCCACACACAUGGGGGUCUUCUUAUCAAAUAGCGUAUGACAAUUGCAAGAGCUAGAAUUUCAGUAAAACAGUUUUUGUGUGAUAUAUAAUGAAAUUGAAAAUAAUUCUUGCAACUUUUAUAAACUUUGCUGUAAAACUGACCAAUAAAUCUCGACAUUCAUAUUAUAACUACAUGUACUGAGAAAUACUUAUUUGAGAAAAUAGUACAAUACAUACAUUUAAGAUGGACUAAUGGACUUCUUUAAAGCAAACUUAUUGUUUAAUGAGAGUGAUUUUUUUAAAUAAGGUGUUACAUGUGUAGGUACAUUGAAAUUGGUGAUAAUUGCAAAAUUCUUUGUGAAAUCAUUGUACAAUAAAAAGAAUUACCAGUAAGUGGAAAGAUUGUCUGAAUUAAAAAAAAUCUGAUGUAAAGUGUUAGAAUCAAAGAUUUAGCACAGUAUUGUUGUAAUCUUCAUAAACCAUGUUCAUCUUAUUUAUAUUGAAUAUCUAUAGUAUAUUCCUUUAAAUUGUAUAUAACUACCAGUGACAACAUUUUCACCAUGCAUGUGUACAACAACCGCAAGGAAGUAUUAUUUUCAAGUUUUUGUUUUAUGUAAGUACACACUCUAUUUAAUGUAGAUUCAUGAUAAUACGUUUUUAACCAUUGUGAUUGUUGAUGAUUUUAUAAAUUGCUUAUUUAUAUAUAUAAAGAUGAAAAAGGCAUAUUUAUACAAAUAAACAGAAAUUUAUUAAA